AUGGGUUGUACCAUCGCAGAUCGUCACGCACAGUUUCUUUCAUGGAAAGAGAUCUUGGCAAACCAAGGAGAUCUAAGUCGCCUUGCUUCAGAGCAAUGUAUCUCGCUUUGGAACCAGUAUAAACAUCUCGAUAAUUAUCCGCCACUUUGGGGUGAUGAGAUCGAAUACCUCAUUGUGUCAUUGGAUCGACAGAACAAGACAGCCACUUUGGCUUUAAAACAGCAAGAUGUCUUAGAGAAAUGGGAAGUAUAUUCCCAAGGUCGCCAGAUGGCAUUCCAACUACACCCCGAGUCCAUGAUAUUCAUGGUGGAAGGAGUGGCUAAGCCCCCAUUUGGAGACAGCAUUCAGGCUAUGUCGCAGGUUGAAAACAAUAUGAGAGAGCGGCGAGUUGCAAUCCAAUCCUGCAUGGGAACGGAUGAACUGCCUCUCACCAUCCCUAUGUUUCCCCGGCUUGGAGCAUCUGGGAAAUUCACGAGUACUGGCCUUAUGACUAGCAAAAGGCUAUACUCCCAUGUUAUAUCUGAAGAUCUGUUCAGCCAUUUUGAAAGAUCUAAAGUGCUUUCCGACAAUCUGCGGGCUCGAAGGUGUAUUAUUGCUGAAGCCAAUGUCCCAAUCUUUCGAGAUGCCAAUACAGCCUGGCCGUGGAAGGAUGACUCGGUUGAUUGGGGGCAAUUUAAAGAAAACACAUCACUCCCACUGCCUACACCAUCCGUAAACUGUGUUUUACUCGACCAUUUUGCGUGGAGUGGCGGAGCUUGUGGGUUACAAACUACUUUCCAAGCUAAAAACCUAGACGAAGCACGCUCGCUGCAUGAUCAGCUCUGUCCGUUGAGUGCAAUCAUGUUAGCCCUUACAGCAGGAAGUCCCUGCUAUAAGGGUUACCUGGUAGACACGGAUAGUCGCUGGCAUGUUACAAAUGCGCUAGUUGACGAUCGAACAAUGGAAGAAAUCCUGAGUAAAAGCGGAAUGGAAAAGAACACGGUUACUUCACAGAUGCGGUGGUCCUUCAGUCCCCUAUAUGCUAGCCAUAAUGAUCAUAUCCCUAAAGGACACCAAUCCUAUAGCACUGGGAAUGCAGAGACUCGGGCCCUAUUCGAAGAAGCCGGAAUGGAUACGAACCUCUCUGAAUUCUUCUCGCAUAUGCUGAAAUUCGACCACUUGAUCUUAGACUCGAAGCAUCUGGAACCUAAAUCGCCCUCCGAUACAUACCAUUUCCGUGCUCUUAUCGGCAGUCUCUGGCCUGAUAUCCGCUUGAAGCCUCCAUUAGAUGGAACUGAUCCAGGUAUAGGGUGGCGCGUGGAAUUUCGUCCAAUGGAGGUUCAAGUGACUGACUUUGAAAAUGCCGCUUUUGUUGUUUUCAUGGCGCUGAUGCGUCGUGCGAUCUCACAUUUCAAACUGAGCUUGUAUAUUCCCAUGGAACUUGUGGGCGAGAAUAUAUGUCGAGCUGUGAUGAGGGACGCUGUCAACCAGAGUUUAUUCUGGUUCAGAGAAUGCGUUCUUCCGCAGGCCUCGGGAGACUCCUCAUCAUCUUAUCUGUCAGAAAGUGACUCUAAGUUAACUAGGGGUUACAGAGAGAUGGAGGCCCUGGAUUAG